AUGCAUGAGCCAAUGCGAAGCCAUAUUCUCAUGGAGCAAAGCUUGAAAAAGGAGAGGAUGGCGUUGGAACGAGACCCGAUUGGUCCAAGCAAGGAAGAACAGCAGAGAGAGGAGGAGGAGCGCUUUAAGCAGAUUCUGGAGCUAAGUCAGCGCAGCCUUGGAAUGAGCCAAGCGAGCGCUACACCUUUGCGGAACAUUCUUCCCUAUAGGCUGCCGAGGCGGGGGGACCUGGUGGAGCUCUGUGGCCUGCGGCGCAGACAGGAGCUGAACGGACAGCGGGGGGAGGUGGUGGGCCCCCUGACAGACGAGGGCUUUGUGCAAGUUCAGCUGAAGUCCUCCAAGGGCCUGGGGGAGCGCCUAAUGUUGCGACCACGCUGCCUGGCACCGGCAGAUGAGAAGACACUGGAACCAUCGAAGUGGAGUCCAUCUGAAGCCUCGAGUGUCAGGACAGUGUCCCUUGCCUCUGAAGCCGCCUCUGAAGUCGCCUCCGUGCGUUCUGAGAUGUCGAGGUCCACGCGCAGUCGCAGUUCUGGCUCCUUGAGAUCGGCCAGCUACACGGGUAGCGGCAGCUACACGGGCAGCUACACGGGAAGCUACACGUCGAGUGCUUCGAGCCACCGCAAGUUGCCCAGCAUUUGGCUGAAGCAGAGGAGUAAGGACCUGUCACUGAACUAUAUUCCAACGAAAGUGAUCCUUUGA